AUGGUUUUGCAAAAUAUUUUUUUGCUAUCAAAUCGCUCAGCUUUAAACUUAAAAGAAGCUAUUAAAUUACUUAAAAAACCAAAUUUAAACAGUGAUAACCUAGUACAGUGUUAUAACUUGGAACCAACACCAGGCUUGUGGUAUAUGUGUGCGUACAAUCAAAGUUCUACUGACGGCAUUGAAUGGAAAUCAACAGGCACUCGUUCAAUGCCUAAUGAAAAAAAUCCCACCGUACUGGUCGAAUACUUUUCAUCCGAAAAAGUGAAUAAAAGUGUAUUUAGAUUAACGAAGAAAAACGAAUAUGACGCUACUUUGAUUAACUAUUCAGAUGUGAACCCUACAUUUGCGAAAUUAAAAAGAACACAUAGAACACCUAUUUCUAAAAAAAAAUCCAUCAACAAUAUUAUGAAACGUCUCAAACUAAUAAAAAAAGAUAGUAACCCUGUUUCUAUUGUUUCUAAUGAACUAAUUGAACAUGAACCCGAAGAAAAACAUGUCAGCAACAAUUUUGGAUCAUAUUUAGGAUAUGAUGGUUCCCUUCCAGGAGGUUCUACCUUUGUUCAGCCUACAGCCCAAAUAGUACAAUCUGCUCCGUGUGCUCCGACUUUAUCACAAUUCAAGGAUUUAAAUAUUUCACCAAUUAUUGACUCUAAAUACAUACAAUCACCAAACAAAGAGUUUAUUCCUAAGAAAAAUAUAGAAGAAAUAUACUUUGAUCAAUCAUUUUGGGAUUCUAAAAUGUCUGAACCGCUACAAACGUUUUAUAUGAAGUCUUUAUUACCCGAAAUUAUUGAUCCACAAUUCCCUAAAAGAAUGCUGAAAUCAGAUAUUCGAGAACCAGACCACAUAAAAAAAAAAUGA